UAUCUGUCAAUUGCCUUGAAUUUAAUACAUAAUUUUUACCUACAACGCUGGAACCAAUUCAAAUCAAAGAAUAGGUACUGUAUGCUGUUUAUCGACCUACGAACACACACGUGUGAAUCGAAGUAACAAGUCACGUGAUAGUCACAAAUCACAAAGGUCACGUGAGUGUGCUGGCUGCUUUCUGCUAGAAUGACAUUCGUGUAUUUUUGGAUUGCUACUAGCUCUUAAAAUUUGUUUACAAACUUCCAUUCCAGAACUCAAGCACUAAACCGCAUUCAUCAUGCUAAAGAAUAGCUGCAGGUUCUCAAUAUAAUAAUUGUACGAGCUGCUAUGUCGCGGGUGUGUUGAAAAUGUUAUAUUUUAACAACAUAGUUCGUUUUCGGAAAUGGAAGGUGUUUCUGAUUCUUGGUCUGUUCUCACUGGCCUUAGGGCUAAAGGUGGUUUUAAAAACUCUGAGAUUGACAGCAGCUCAGUUGACUGACUUACAAAAGUGCCCCGCAUGUUUUGGGCUUUCAUUAUGUGAUGCAAUACUGAAUAACAAAAUAAGCAUAAGGCAUAAAAAUGCUUAUGCAACGUUUGCCAAUCUAUUUGGAAGCAAAAAUGUUUUUUUCGGUACUUAUGGAAAGGAAAAGGUGGUGCUGAAAAAACUUGCUCACACUUCAGAACUCGAAGCGUUUGAUAAAAUGCUCUGCUCAGAUCAAAAGCUCCUUGAAUUAUGCGUGACAAAUAGUAACAAGAAAGCCAUACCUCGUAAUAUUGACUUUUACACAAGAGUCAUACGAGAAAUAACGUCAGACUUCACUAGUGAAAAUAUUAGCAAUUUGAAGCUUUGCCCCAUCACUGAUCAUAUGGACGAUCUGCUUUACAACGUAUAUGCCAAUGGUGGGAAAAACGAGAAAGAAAUAUCUCAUGCUUACCUUUGGACUAUGAUAAAAAUCAAUCCUGAACCACUCGUGUUACAGAUAUUGCCAGCGGAAGAAGGUUGGCCUGUACCGAAGUAUUUUGGUGCGUGUGGGAGACUGGUGGUUGAGGAAUAUGUGGGUCCUUCGUUAUCAAACUAUUAUAGCGAGCCCUGGAUAAGACGGGCUAAAAUAUCUGCGAGUCUCCUCGAAGCUGCACAAAUGUUCACUUAUCGUAAUCCACACUUUGGAUUUUAUUUGACAGAUAUAUCGCCGGAUAAUAUUGCCAUCGAUCCAUGGGAUAAUGCGAAAUUUAUUGAUAUGGAAAAUCUCAUAGUUGUCGAUAAGAGAAUAUCAAAUAAUAACAUGACAUCUGAGUGGGAGAAACUGGAAGUUAAUGACGCUGAUUUUGACUGCAGAAACUGUUUGGCUUUUUCACCGUCUGAUAUUUGCAGUCAUCGUUACAGCGACCAUAAUUAUUACGCAGUGUGCCAGCAUCUUCUAGCCCAGACCACAAGCUCAAGUUCGAUACCUGGAGGACUCCUGCACGAUAUACCAAAAGAUAUUUUAACCAAACAUCCAGAUCUUCCGAAUUUGUUACUACAAUGUGCGGUACCCAGUUCUGUCUACACGAGGAUAAUGGCCGGCAAUUCUCUACGAAAAGUACUGAUAGAAAUCGUAUCUAGUAAUAUAUGAUUUACUGAUUCUUAGUUAAUUUUUAAGUUCAUAAUUGUAAAUAAUAAUCACACAAACACAGUUCAUUUCAUAUUCAUUAUUAUUCAAUCUAUAAAUAAAGAUCAAUAAAUAUCUAAACUUAUCGUUGUA